UUGCCUUCCUAGAAGCCAUUUCAAUUAUUCGACCGAUUUAACGGCCUUCCAGUUUGAGGGCAACAAACGAGGCCUCCAACCAAGAGAGAAACCCCGAAACUUUCGAAUUUUCCACAGCGAAGACAAGGAUGGGAACUCUAUCUUUCUUGUUUCCUUUAUCCCUUUGUUGUCCACUGACACCCAAUCAUUCCUCUUCAAGAACCCAUCUCCAUAAACGUACUUCAUGGCCCCAUAUCUCCUCAUACACUCUCAAAUCCGCCGAAAUUCGAGGCAGAACUGUAGUUUUUGGAGGGAAUUCAAGUGACCGAAAUGAGUCUCAGUUCUUGGACGAAAAUGGUGUAGUCGAUGACAUGGAUGGCUAUCUUAACUACCUCUCUCUCGAAUACGACUCUGUUUGGGACACCAAACCAUCAUGGUGCCAACCAUGGACAAUAACACUCACUGGAGUAUCAGUGAUUGCUUGUAGUUGGCUGAUGUUGCACUCAGUUGUAAUUACGAGUAUUUUACUCCUGUUAAUAUGCUUCUGGUGGUACAUUUUUCUGUAUUCUUAUCCCAAGGCAUAUGCUGACAUGAUUGCUGAACGAAGAAAAAGAGUGAACAGCGGUGUUGAAGAUACAUAUGGCUGGAGGAAGAUCCAAUGAUUAGAAGUGAAAAAAUGAACUUGUCAAGUCCCCCUUCUUUCUAUCUUCUCUCUCAAUAUGUGUGAAAUUUUUGUAAUUUCGAUCUUGCAAAUAGCUGGAUUACAUAUAUCAUAAGCUCUAUUUGGUUGGCUA